CCUCCCCCCUCUUCCACCUCCAGCGCCCCUCCCCCCCCCCCUUCUCCGCUCUCCCUCAUCCCAUCCUUGCCCGUAAGAAUGUCCAGCGACGGAUCGUCUUCCUCCAGGCGCCAGGCCAACAAUGGCUCCCCCCGCAUCAUGAACAUGUCGGACCUCAUCCGGUCGAAUGACCCCGGCGAUGCUCCGGGCGAGAAUCGCCACAACGAGUAUUUCGCUGGCGGCACGCGCUCUGGCUUGGCCAUUGAGGGCCCGGACCAGGGCCGCCCCGGUGAUGCCCCGGCCGACCUCCGCAGCAUGUUCCUCCAGCACGCCUACCAGAACCAAGUCCAGGCAUCUGACACCGACAGCGCAUACGACUCGCAGGAGGCGUCGACUUCCUUCACCGGGACCUCCUACCGCCUGGGGCUGGCCAACGGCUCGCCCAGCAUGAGCCCCUCCACCUCCAGCCAGGGAGCCCUGAAUGCCCAGUCGGAGGCGGCCCCCCAGUCCCGGCGGGUGUACCUCCUCAUGUACACCGAUGGGUUCGGCUUCUCCAACUCGGCUGAGGGCCCGGCCGAGCCGCUGCACUCCUUCGCCGAUGAGGCAUCUCACGAGCUGCUGCAAGUCGUCAUGUCCGGGCGCAUCCCGCGCGAGCUUCUCCCCCGGCUCGGGGUUGCGGCCGACAGUCCCACCCUGCACACCGACAUCCAGGUGGUUACCUUCAACCAUCCGGCGCCGACCCCCCCGGCGCCGAAGUUCGCCGGGACCAGCCUGCGCCUGGGGUCGGCCGGCGGUGCUGAUGAGGCGGCCGCCAACUCCAUUGCCAAUACCACCGACUUUUCCUCCCCGGCGGAGAUCUCCCUGCCGGCCGGCAGCCCGGGCUCCUUCAUGGUUCGCGUUCGCCUGGCCUCUGGCUCGAACCUGACCGUGCGGCUUAAUGACAGCCAUACUGUCCUCGAUCUGUACAACCACAUCCGGGCCGUCAAUUCCGACUCGAAUCAGCGUCGCUUCAUGCUGAAGAGCACUCUCCCGGGGUCGGAUGUUGUUGCGGACAUCCAGAAUGUCACGGUCAAGGGGGCUGGCUGGGCCGGGUCCACCCUGGCUCAAUCGUGGCUGUGAGCGCGCCCGCUCCGUGGCAACCAGCAACCAGCCUUGUCCCUCCUUUGCCCCUUCCUCCCAGAAGAAGAGGGAGUGGUAGCAGGACGGGCCCGGGGGGGGGGGGAGGCAUAAACGCCGCCCGUCCAACGUCCUCUGUGUCAACCUCGCCAUCGCGCCCCCUCCCAGCCCGGGACAGGGCCGGGUCGCUGUGAGAUCAUCAUGAACUUCAAAUAAACCCGCACCCGUGCAUGUGCAUACGUGUAAACAUGUCCCUCUCUGGCUGUGCACAUUCGUGGAGAUGCGCAC